AUGGUCGUCGGCCGCCGCGAUGUCAGCGCAGUGCUGUGCGGGCCAGCUGGCCUGCUGCUGUGGUACUGCUGGCUGCUCCCUCUGCUGCGGCUGCUGCCCCAAGAUCCGACAGUCCCGGAGCACGCGCACCAUGUAUGCGCUGUACUUCAUUCUCGUCGUCCUGCUCUGCUGCGUCAUGAUGUCCAAAACCGUGGCUAACGAGAUGAAAGAGCAUAUUCCAUUUUAUGAAGAUAUUUGUAAAGGCAUUAAAGCUGGUGACACCUGUGAGAAGUUGGUGGGGUAUUCUGCAGUGUACAGAGUCUGUUUUGGAAUGGCCUGUUUCUUCUUCAUCUUCUGCCUUCUGACCCUGAAAAUCAACAGCAGCAAAGGUUGUAGGGCGCAUAUUCACAAUGGCUUUUGGUUCUUUAAACUUCUGUUGCUGGGGGCCAUGUGCUCAGGAGCUUUCUUCAUUCCAGAUCAGGAGACCUUUCUGAAUGCCUGGCGCUAUGUGGGAGCCGUCGGAGGCUUCAUCUUCAUAGGCAUCCAACUCAUCCUGCUCGUGGAGUUCGCACAUAAAUGGAACAAGAACUGGACUGCAGGCACGGCUACCAACAAGCUGUGGUACGCAGCUCUGGCCCUCGUGACACUCAUCAUGUACUCCGUUGCCACCGGAGGCCUGAUUUUGAUGGCGGUGUUCUAUACACAGAAAGAUGGCUGCCUGGAAAACAAAAUUCUCCUGGGGCUGAAUGGGGGCCUGUGUCUGCUCAUUUCAGCAGUAGCCAUCUCGCCCUGCGUCCAAAAUCGACAGCCCCAUUCCGGGUUACUGCAGUCAGGGCUCAUAAGCUGCUACGUGACGUAUCUCACUUUCUCGGCUCUGUCCAGCAAACCCGUAGAAGUAGCUCUAGAUGAGCACCGGAAGAAUGUGACAAUCUGUGUGCCAGAGUUUGGUCAGGACCUGUACAGAGACGAAAACUUGGUUACUGGCCUGGGUACCACUCUCCUGUUCUUGUGCAUCUUAUAUUCAUGCUUGACAUCGACAACAAGGUCAAGUUCUGAUGCUCUGCAGGGGCGAUACGCAGCUCCGGAACUGGAAGUAGCCCGCUGUUGCUUUUGCUUCGGCCCUGAUGGAGAGGACACUGAAGAGCAGCAGAACGUGAAGGAGGGACCGCGGGUCAUUUAUGAUGAGAAGAGAGGCACCGUGUAUAGCUACUCCUAUUUCCACUUCGUGUUCUUUUUGGCUUCCCUCUAUGUGAUGAUGACCGUCACCAGCUGGUUCAACUAUGAAAGUGCCAACAUCGAAACCUUCUUCAGCGGAAGCUGGUCCAUCUUCUGGGUCAAGAUGGCCUCUUGCUGGAUGUGUGUGCUCUUAUACCUGGCGACCCUGGUCGCUCCCCUCUGCUGUCCCUCUCGGCAGUUCUCCGUGUGAGGAGGACCUGAGCCGGCCUGCAGGUUGGAAGUGACAUGCUUUGAAGAAGUGUCCCAGGGGUCUGAGCCAUGACUGGUGCUUUGUGAAAAGCUGGCAUCCUCUGGCUGGUUUGAGUGAAUCUGAAAAAGGCUUUCAGAGGGG